CUGCCAGCACACGCGGCAAGUGAUGGGCGGCAAACGCGCAACAUUUGAAAGUUAACCGGAAACGAAGAAUGACCACAACAGAGAGUGAUCUUUUAUAUUUUAAAGUGCGUCAGCAAAUUAUUAUAAACGGCGGAAUACUCGCAUGGACGUUUUGACAUGUUGAAGUUCAAGUACGUGAACCAGGGAGGCCUGAACACGCCGGCGACCUCCGCGGACGCCAUCACGGUCCGCAGCUCCAGACUCAACCAGCUGUUGCAGGGUCGAGUCAGCCUGUGUGGACCACAGGGAGGACGAUGUUUGGGCCGGGAAGAGUUUUUGGACUCUUUGCUGCUGCUGUACCAAGAAUGCACGUCAUCAGAGCUCAUGAAGAUUCAGCAUGUGGCCAACUUUGUCAACAAGUUUUCCGACGUGGUCUCCGAGCUCCAGGCCUUGCAGCCUGGCCUCCACGACUUUGAGGUGCGUGCGGUGGUGGGCCGCGGUCGCUUCGGCAAUGUCCAAGUGGUACGGGAGAAGGUCACGGGCGAUGUUUGUGCCCUGAAAGUCAUGGAGAAGACAGUGUUGCGCUCUCAAGAACACGUUGUUUUUCACGAAGAGGAGCGGAGGAUUCUGUCUUUGAACUGCAGUCCCUGGAUCCCACAGCUCUUCUAUGCUUUCCAGGAUGAGCAUCAUGUCUACCUGGCAAUGGAGUACAUGCCAGGCGGCGACCUUCUGUCUCUAUUCAACCGCUAUGAGGACCAGUUUGAUGAAUCCAUGGCUCAGUUUUAUUUGGCCGAGCUAGUGGAGGCCAUUCACGCUGUCCACCAGCUGGGUUAUGUCCACAGGGACGUCAAGCCAGAGAACGUUCUCAUUGAUCGGACUGGUCACAUUAAGCUGGCAGACUUUGGAUCAGCUGCCAGGCUCACCUCUGACAAAACAGUGGCAGCCCCGACAGUGCCUGUGGGAACCCAAGACUUUCUCUCCCCUGAAGUGUUGGCAGCCAUUAACGGGGGCCCUCACAGCACCUACGGGGUGGAGUGUGACUGGUGGUCCCUCGGGGUUAUAGCGUACGAGAUGAUCUAUUCAAGGCCGCCUUUUUCCAAAGGAACGUCAACGCAGACCGUCCACAACAUCCUCAACUAUCAGCAAUUUCUGAAGAUUCCAGCGGAGCCGUGCGCGACUAAACAAUUUGUAGACCUGGUGCAGAGCCUGCUGUGUGGCGCUCAGGAGCGUCUGGGGUUUCAGGGUCUCAGAUGCCACUCGUUUUUCUCCAAUACGGACUGGAACAACUUACGACAAGCUCUCCCCCCGUUUGUUCCUGCGUUGCAUGCCGAAGAUGACACCUCUAAUUUUGAGGAGCCGGAGCAGGCGGUCCCCCGGCCAGCCUCAGCAUCCAAGCGAGGAGCUCCCCCAGUGGGCUUCCAGGGCAAGGAUCUCCCCUUUCUAGGAUGGUUCUUCAGCAGAGCGCUGACAGCAUUGGCCAAAACUGAGGCAGUGUCUGCAGGCCUCAACUCUCCUGCCAAGACCAACUCUCUGGAAAAGAAACUCAAUCUUAAGAGCAAAGAAUUACAAGAAACCCAAGACAAAUGUCACAAGAUGGAGCAGGAGAUUUCCAGGUUCCAACGCAAAAUGACUGACCUGGAGUCAGUGCUCCACCAGAAAGACGUGGAGUUGAAGGCCUCCGAGACUCAAAGAGGCAUCCUCGAGCAAGACCUCGCCACCUACAUCACCGAAUGCAGCAGCUUGAAGAGAAGCCUGGAGGAGGCACGCGUGGAAGUCUCCAGAGAGGAUGACAAAGCCAUGCAGCUGCUCCAAGACAUCCGUGAACAGAGCAACAAGCUGCAGGAAAUUAAAGAACAGGAGUACCAUGCGCAGCUGGAAGAGAUGCAAGUUACCAUCCGGCAGCUGGAGGAAGACCUGUCGGCUGCCCGACGCCGCAGUGACCUCUACGAAUCUGAACUUCGAGACUCAAGGCUAACAAGCGAGGAACUGAAGCGGAAGGCGGUGGAGUACCAGCAGAGAAUCCAGAAGGCCAAAGAGCAGGGUAAAGCAGAUGUGGAGGAGCUCCUUUCCAAACUUGAAAAGACAAAUUUAGAACAACAGGUGAAAAUCCAAGAGCUCCAAGACAAAUUGUCAAAGGCAGUGAAAGCAAGCACAGAAGCCACUGAACUGCUGCAGAAUGUCAGGCAGGCCAAAGAACGUCUGGAGCGAGACCUGGAACGCUUACGAGGCAAAACCGACUCCAGUGACACCCUCAAGCGGCGCCUGAGAGAGACCGAGCAGGAGGGCAGGAAGACCCUGGAAAACCAGGUGAAGAGGCUGGAGAUGGUUGAGCGGCGGGAGAAUAAGCUGAAAGAUGACAUUCAGACCAAAUCCCAACAGAUCCAGCAGAUGGCUGAAAAGAUCCUGGAACUGGAGGACCACCUCAGGGAUGCUCAGUCUACAGCCCAGAGGAUGGAAACCCAGCUUGUCCAAAAGGAGAGGCUUUUUGAAGACAAAAUUAAGGUUCUGGAAGCCCAAAUGAAGGUGGACCUGGCGGACAAGGAGAGCCUGGAGGCUAAAAGAGCGCAGCAUGAGGAAGAGUCGAGAGAGAACUGCAAACUUAUCAGCGAGCAGAAAGCGACCAUUAACGCCAUGGAUUCUAAGAUGAAGAACUUGGAGCAGCGCAUUGGCGAGUUGUCAGAGGCUAACAAGCUGGCCGCUAACAGCAGCAUCUACACCCAGAAGAAUAUGAAAGCCCAAGAGGAGAUGAUCUCAGAGCUGCGACAGCAAAAGUUCUAUUUGGAGUCUCAGGCUGGCAAGCUUGAGGCUCAAAAUGCCAAACUGGAGGAACACCUCGAGAAGAUGAGUCAGCAGGAGCAGACCAAGAGGACGCGUUUAUUGGAGCUGGAGAGCAGGCUGCGUGAGAUGGGCUUGGAACACGAAGAGGAGAAGCUGGAAAUCAAGAGACAGGUGUCCGAGCUGACCCUCUCCCUGCAGGAGCGGGAGUCUCAAAUCAGCAGCCUGCAGGCAGCCCGCCUCGCCUUGGAGAGCCAGCUGCAGCAAGCCAAGACUGAACUGGAGGAGACCACGGCUGAGGCCGAGGAGGAGAUUACGGCUCUGAGGAAUCACAGAGAUGAAAUUCAGCGGAAGUUUGACGCCCUGAGAGACAGCUGCUCGGUGAUCACUGACCUGGAGGAGCAACUGACCCAGCUGAGCCAGGAGAAUGCCGAGUUGAACCGCCAGAACUUCUACCUAUCCAAACAACUUGACGAAGCGUCCGACGAGAGGGAGGACCAACUGCAGCUCAGCCAAGAGGUGGACCGGCUCAGGAGAGAAGUGGCAGACCGUGAGAUGCAUCUCAACAACCAGAAACAAAACAUUGAGACACUGAAGACCACGUGCAGCAUGCUGGAGGAGCAGGUAGUGGAGCUGGAGUCUCUGAAUGAUGAGCUGCUGGAAAAAGAGAGGCAGUGGGAGGCUUGGAGAGGGGCCUUGGAGGACGAAAAAAGCCAGGCUGAGAGACGCACUAGGGAACUGCAGAGGCUGCUGGAUAAUGAAAAGCAAAACCGGCUACGUGCAGACCAGCGCAGCACAGAGUCUCGCCAGGCAGUAGAACUAGCAGUCAAAGAGCACAAGGCUGAGAUAUUGGCCCUGCAGCAGGCUUUGAAGGAGCAGAGACUCAAGGCAGAGAGCCUGUCUGAUACUCUCAAUGAUCUGGAGAAGAAGCAUGCCAUGCUGGAGAUGAAUGCUCGUAGCCUGCAGCAGAAAUUGGAGACUGAGAGAGAGUUGAAACAGAGGCUGAUGGAAGAGCAAGGGAAGCUGCAGCAGCAGAUGGAUCUCCAAAAGAGCCACAUUUUCCGUUUGACCCAGGGUCUACAGGAUGCACUGGACCAGACUGACAUGCUCAAGACUGAGAGGACCGAUCUGGAGUACCAGCUGGAGAACAUACAGGCUGUAUAUUCCCACGAGAAGGUGAAGAUGGAAGGGACUAUCUCCCAGCAGACCAAACUCAUCGAUUUCCUCCAGGCCAAAAUGGACCAGCCCACCAAGAAGAAGAAGGGUAUAUUUGGACGACGGCGGGAAGAUGUCGGCACCACAACAAACGGAGCAUUGACGCCUCAGUCCCAGCCGUCACUUCCUCUGCAGUACGGUGACAUGAAGCUGGCUUUGGAGAAGGAACGCUCAAGAUGUGCAGAGCUGGAGGAGGCUCUUCAGAAGAUGAGGAUCGAGCUGCGAUCCCUGAGAGAAGAGGCAGCUCAUUUCAAGGCACAGGAUCACUUGGCUCCUUCCACGCCUGCCCAGGCUCGCCAUCAAAUCCUCAUGUCAGCCAUUGUAAAGUCCCCGGAGCAUCAACCCAACCCCUGUGGCCUGCUAAACCCCUCAACCCGCUCCAAGGAGACAUCCACACCUGAAGAAAAGAGGAGGGUCACCUUUGAAAAGUAUGGCCGUCGUGUGAAGGAGAGAAUGCACCACAACAUUCCUCACCGCUUCACUGUGGGUCUUAACAUGCGAGCUGCCAAAUGUGCCGUCUGCCUGGACACUGUGCAUUUUGGACGACAAGCCGCCACCUGUCUAGAAUGCCACACCCUUUGUCAUCCCAAAUGCUCACCAUGCCUUCCAGCCACUUGUGGCCUACCAGCUGAAUAUGCCACCCACUUUUCUGAGGCUUUGUGCCGAGAGAAGGCGGGCUCCCCUGGACUGCAGGUCAAGGAAGCCAGUGGUCAUGUUCGCUUGGAAGGAUGGAUGAAGCAGCCCAGAAAUGGCAAACGUGGGCAGCAAGGCUGGGAGAGGAAGUAUGUGGUCCUUGACGGAACCAAAAUAUCAGUUUAUGAUACAGAGCCCAGAGAAGACUUUGUCAAUGCAGAGGAGGAGUUUGAGCUCUGUCUACCUGAUGGAGAGGUGACUGUUCAUGGGGCUGUGGGGGCCUCUGAGCUCAUCAACACUGCAAAAUCCGACAUCCCUUAUGUUCUGAAGCUGGAGUCCCAUCCUCUUACAACUUGUUGGCCUGGCCAGUCUCUCUACUUCAUGGCUCCCAGCUUCCCAGACAAACAGCGCUGGGUGGCUGUACUGGAGUCUGUGGUGGCUUGUAGCCGUGGAUCUAAAGACAAAGGGGAAACUGACGCUGCAGGUGUUGCUAAAAGACAGAAGAACCUAUCGCCUCUGGUCCAGAAACUUCUAGGCAACUCCUUGCUGAAGUUGGAGGGUGACGACCGCUUGGACAUCAACUGCACUUUGCCUCUCACUGAUCAGCUGGUGCUGGUGGGCUCUGAGGAGGGCUUGUAUGCUCUGAACGUCAUAAAGAACUCUUUGACCCACAUCCCAGGCCUGGCCUGCGUGUUCCAGAUUCAGAUUCUAAGAGAACUUGACAAGCUCUUGAUGAUCACAGGAGAGGACCGAGCCUUGUGCUUGGUGGAGAUCAAAAAGGUGAAGCAGUCAUUGUCACAGUCCCAUCUCCCAUCUCCACCUGACCUCAGUCCCUUCAUCUUUGAGACGGUGAAAGGAUGCCACCUCUUCUCCUCCGGAAAGAUCGACAAUGGAAUCUGUAUUUGUGCUGCGAUGCCCAAUAAGAUUACAAUCCUACGACUUAAUGAGAGCCUCAACAAGUUCUGCAUCCGAAAGGAAAUUGAGACCUCGGAGCCCUGCAGCUGCAUCCACUUCACGGGUUACAGUAUCAUCAUUGGCACCAACAAGUUCUAUGAAAUUGAGAUGAAGCAGUAUGUGCUGGAAGAGUUCCUGGAUAAAAACGAUGUGACGUUAGCCUCCGCUGUGUUCGCUGCAUCCUCCCACAGCUUCCCCAUAUCCAUCAUCCAGGUCACCACGGCUCCUCAGAAGGAUGAAUACCUGCUGUGUUUCCAUGAGUUUGGCGUGUUUGUGGACGCAUACGGCCGCAGGAGCAGAAGUGAUGACAUCAAGUGGAGCCGACUGCCUCUGUCCUUUGCCUAUAGAGAGCCCUACCUGUUUGUCACCUACUUCAACUCUCUGGAUGUGAUUGAGAUUCAAGGCCAUGCUGCACUGGGGUCUCACUCAUACGCUCACCUCGACAUCCCUAACCCACGCUACCUCGGCCCGGCAAUCUCCUCUGGCGCCGUUUACUUGGCCUCGUCCUACCAGAACAAAUUACGAGUCAUCUGCUGCAAAGGCAACUUGAUCCAGAACCAGGACGGCGGAGGAGACCUGCAGCGUGGCGGCUCGGGGCGCAGCCCCAACAAACGCGGGCCUCCUUCCUACAACGAGCACAUCUCCAAAAGACUGGCAGGCAACCCCCUCAGCCACGGGGAGCCGGGCACACCCCACCGCUACCGAGAGGCCCGCACAGAGUUCCGCCGCGACAAGUCCCCCAGCCGUCCUCUGGAGCGAGAGAAGUCUCCCGGCAGGAUGCUGGAGAGCCGCAUGGUGGGGUCUCCUGGCAGGGCCAUGGCCGACCCUCGACUGGAGCGCUCCCCGGCCCGGGCCAUGGCGGACCCCCGCAUGGAGCGCUCGCCCGGGCGCAUGAUGGACGUUCGCAGGGAGAGAUCUCCGGGACGCUUUGAAGAGCGCCAAAGGCUUCAUACUGGAUCUGGACGUACACCCAUCAACCCUGUCAGCAAGGUUUGGGACCAGUCGUCCGUCUAGGAGACCUGCCUGUCCCAACCAAACACUGCCACCCUUCUUUUGAUCCACACCCAAGAAACAACUGUAGCUUCCUGAAGAGAGCGAGGUAAUCGGGGGACAAAAAUGGCUGUUGUUAGAUUUGGCUUACGUACAACUUUUCCAGCAGGGUGUUUGAGAGUAGAUGACUAGAAGAGCACAGCUGUAGCAAAGUCACAUGUUGAUUUAUUGAUUUUUGUCCCCCAAAAACCAGGAGUUAUGUUAGGCAAUCAUUACCAGCUGACUACAAUCUGCUAAUCUUCUGUUCCACAAAAAUGUACAACUAGAUUAAAAAAAAAAAAGCCACAAAUGGGGAAAGUUGUCUUCUUGGAGGACACUAAAACUGCACUACCCACAAUGCCGAGCCACCAUGAAGCAUGCAGGACCUCUCUGACUGUAAAUAGAGCAGACAUAAUUUUAUAUAAAUAUAUAUAUAUAUAUUGAGAAGGAACUUCAAGGCUGGAUAAGCCGUGUCUAUUUUUGUUAAAAAAAAAACAAAAAAACGUGUCCUCCUGAAUGUGUUAUUGUCUUCUUUGAUCAAAGUGAGUGAUUGUAGCACCUCAUCUGUCAGUGGCAACACUCUACUCACCUUAGAAGAACAAAGAAAAGAUUGAAGUUUUACUUCACUCUCCGUAUGUCAGUGACGUGAAACUCGUCUUCUGCUUCUAUUUGAACGCCUCAACUCAUCCAGAAGAGAAUCUCCACAAGCUAAUUGUUUCAAAGUGAUCUUUGUCUUGUGGACUUGAUACACAAAUAUUCUCCUAAGUGACGCGCCCACUCGUGGUCUCUGCAGAGGCCUCUGUGUCAAACUGAAGUCAUCUUCAACAAAUGCACAAGCUGACUUACUUUUAUUUUGGUACUUUGAAAGCUGUAUAUUUCAUUUGAUUGCUCAUAAUAUGAUAUUGAUGUCCGCUAACAACAAAUGUUUUAUUAGAGUUCCUGCUAGCGAUAUUAAAAACAACCAUUCACUUCUC